AUGGCCCCUGAUUAUAAGGAAUUUUUAUAUGCUCUUCGUAAUUUGUCUCAUGUUAGUUAUAUGGCAGAUUUACUCUUUAAUAAGAUUGAAAAAAUUCUAAUUAAGAUUGAACCUAAAAAAUUUAUUGGAGUAAUUUCUAAUAAUGUCUCAGCUAUUGCUGCUGCACAUAGACAGAUUAAUCAAAAAUAUCCUUCUAUUAUCAAUCUUUGUUGUAUUGUUCAUUUUGUUAAUCUUAUUAGUCAUAAUAUUUUAAAAUCUGAAAGUUAUCUAAAACGAUAUAUAGAUGAAUUGAAUAUUAGCAAAAGUGGAUUAAAGCUUUUUAUAGAAACUAGAUGGACAUCUGCAUAUGAAAUAGUUAAUUUUGUGUUUAGACUUAAACUUGUAUUAGAAAAGAUGAUUUUUAAUUUAUUAAUUAGCAUAAUUGAUUUUAUGAAUGUUAAAAGUUCUCGAGGAUUCUUUCAUGACGUGGAACAAAUAUCCAAAAUUUUUGCUCCAAUUAGAGCUACAAUUUUGCGAUUAGAAAGAGCAGAUUGUACAAUGGCAGAUUGUUUUAUUCAAUUAGUUCAUUUAAUU